AUGACGUCAGUGAUUGCAACCUCUGGACAGUGUCCGGAAAGGGAGGUUCAACUGCAGUACACAGAUAUUAAAGUUGUUGGUAAUGGAUCUUUUGGCACUGUUUAUAUGGCAAAGCUGGCAGGAACUGAUGAACUGGUAGCAAUAAAAAAAGUUUUGCAGGAUAAACGGUUUAAAAAUAGAGAGUUACAAAUUAUGCAAAAAAUAAACCACAAAAAUAUAGUUCAACUGAAAUAUUUUUAUUAUACUGAUGACGAAAAACAGGAAGAUCGUUAUCUUAAUCUUAUCCUUGAGUACGUACCUGAUACGAUAUAUCAUGUAGCGAAACAUUAUGCAAGGUUGCGAGAAGCGAUACCCUUAAUUUACGUGAAACUUUACAUGUUUCAGUUACUACGAGCUUUAGCGUACAUCCACAGAUUAGGCAUUUGCCAUCGUGAUAUAAAGCCUCAGAAUUUACUUAUCGACACCGAAACUUCUGUUCUCAAACUUUGUGACUUUGGUUCCGCAAAAUAUUUAGUGAAAGAUGAGCCAAAUGUUGCUUAUAUUUGUUCACGCUAUUAUCGCGCUCCGGAACUUAUGUUUGGUGCUACUCGCUACACUAAUAGCAUCGACAUAUGGUCAGCUGGUACUGUGUUGGCUGAACUGCUUCUUGGAAGACCUGUAUUCCCUGGAGGUUCGGGUGUGAGUCAGGUUGUAGAAAUUAUAAAAAUUUUAGGCACUCCUUCAAAGAGCGAUAUUCAGAAAAUGAAUCCAGAUUACAAAGAACACAGUUUUCCAUCUGUCAAGGUUUUCCCAUGGGUUCAAGUCUUUCGAGUUGGUACUCCAAGAGAAGCAAUUGAUUUAGUUUCUCAAAUGUUAGUUUAUCGUCCAGACCUGAGACCAUCGGCGUUAAAUUCGUGCGCGCAUUCGUUAUUUGAUGAGUUGCGAAAGCCUGGUUGUAAAUUGCCAAAUGGAAAGCCGAUUCCGAAUUGUUGUGAUUUUACUGCCGAAGAACUUGGUGAUGAUCCUUCGUUGGGAUCAGUACUCUGCUCAUCUGAGGUUAAGUGA